GGGUGUCAGUUGACGUCGAUAAAAUUUACACGGCGUCUCCGACAGAAGAAAGAGGGGGCUUCAAGGUUGCGAUAUUCACAUUUUGUGCAACGUGGUUAAAAUUAACAUUAGACACAGUUUAUUAAAUCGACCUUAAUUGUUCUUAAUUGCAACGUUAUCCACAGUAAAAAUUUUGCGUACUCUUCCAAUAACGAUUCUUCAUAAUGCAGGCCCAGCAAGUUAGUGGAAGCCAACAAAGUCAGGCAAGUUCGGGUACAACGGCGGCUGCCCCUAGUGCAACCGGAGGUGUACUUUUAAAAAUGAACGAUUUACAACCGAUCUCCUCAGUUGGUUUACUAGAGCUCGCGCACCGCGAAUACCAAGCGGGCGACUACGAGAAUGGCGAAAGACACUGUAUGCAGUUAUGGCGACAGGAUCAGACAAACACUGGAGUACUGCUGCUGCUUUCCAGUAUACACUUCCAGUGUCGUCGUCUCGACAAGUCUGCACAGUUUAGUACGCUCGCGAUUAAACAAAACCCUCUUCUGGCAGAGGCCUACAGCAAUCUUGGGAACGUAUACAAAGAACGAGGUCAAUUACAGGAAGCCUUGGAUAAUUACAGACACGCAGUUCGACUGAAACCCGACUUUAUCGAUGGAUACAUUAACUUGGCCGCGGCGUUAGUCGCCGCCGGUGACAUGGAGCAAGCGGUGCAGGCUUACAUCACGGCUCUACAAUAUAACCCUGAGCUGUAUUGUGUCCGUAGUGACUUAGGUAACUUACUUAAAGCCCUAGGCAGAUUGGAUGAAGCUAAGGCGUGCUACUUGAAGGCCAUUGAAACGCGGCCAGAUUUUGCAGUUGCCUGGAGUAAUUUGGGAUGCGUCUUUAACGCUCAGGGGGAGAUAUGGUUGGCCAUACAUCAUUUCGAAAAAGCUGUCGCUUUGGAUCCGAAUUUUCUAGACGCCUACAUUAACCUCGGAAACGUUCUGAAGGAGGCUAGGAUUUUUGACAGGUAGGUUUCUUCAAUUUACAA